CAAAGCAACAUCGAGCUUAUCUUGGUCGCAUAAAGAGGCUCUAUUCCCAAAAGAAUCAACUCGAAAGGAAGAAAGUUCAAGAUGAAUGAAUCACCCAAAGCAUUUCAUAUAAACUCGGGCUAUGAAGAUUACGACACUGACCCGACUUCAAUGGAACCCGUUCAAUUGAAAGCAUUCAGGAUUCAACCAGAAGAGAUACAUGACCAUUUAAAUUAUGAUCAACGCAAUCUGUGCGACACACUAAACCCUAAGAAAGUGAAGUCUUCUCAAGGAUCAAAUCGCGCCCUAUUGGCCCUGGUCAUUAUUGUGUGCUUAAUAUCUCUCGUGGCUCUUCUGCUGACGCUACUGAUGUUGUCCGGGAUAAUCAGACCCUCAAGCGAAGGCUCUGAAUCUGUUUUAGCCGACAUAAAGACCUUUGAGGAGAAUAUAACGAACCAACAACUGGAUUUGAUGGUGCAUCUUGAAAAUGCUUUCACAGAGUUAAUGUCCCACUUAAACAGAACGGACAAUGACCUGGCAGAUUUAAAGAAGAUCUGGAUUGAGGUAAAAAGCUUUUAUUGCCCCAGAAAUAUGUAUUAUAUCUUUGAGAUGAGAUUAAUUUUCAUUUUAACAUGUCGAUUCUUCGUAACGCUAAGGUAACCGUUACCAAUUUCGGACGUACAAGGGAGGAGGAGGGU